AUGCAAGCCGGGCCGCCACCAGACACACAUAAGCAGACCCGCUGUCCACAGGUGCCCAGCGCCUGUCUGUCCUGUGCCCCCUCGGACAGGGCGGAGGUGCUGAGUCCAUGGCCAAGUCCCGGACUGAGCAUGCUGCCGGCUGCCUUCGCACAGUCUCUGGGCAGGGUGAGCAGCACUGGGCGUCUGCCCUCGGUGUGGGACCGCAAGGCAGCACCCCGUGAGACGGGGAAGGCCAGAGACAAGCUGAGCAUCCCUCAGGGCGGGGGCGUUUAG